AUGACGACCACGAGGACAUCCUUGAGGUGGUCGACUUGUCAGUCCCGGAACAAGGGGGCAUCCCCUUUUUACCGAGCCUGCCGGCAAUGCAAGACCCAGCAACUUUUCGUGCCAACAUGCAGAGCAGCUCAAGAGAAUCUACAUCGGCAUCGGCGAGUUCCUCCCGUCCAGCGACCUCGGGAUCGGGCUUGCAUCCUCAUGCUGCUCUACCUGAGGGACACGACCAAGCAGUUCCACUGCAUCAACAUCUACGGCCUCCUGCUGCACUACCCGGAGCUUUUCCUCAGCAACCUCACCCGCGCCCUGGUGAUCCACCUGCCCUACCUCAAGCCCGUGCUGAACAUGCCGUACAAGGCCCAGGAGACGGUAACAAUGGACGACGGUACAACCUGGAAUGAGCCUCCGCAUGUCGUCCCUGCGCAUCCGACCUAUCGCAUCGGCUACGCCCGGGAGUACAAUGCGGAAGCCGACCCUUGGCAUGACGAUGGGGUGAUUCAUGAUGAUGAGCUCCAACCCGCUGGUCUUUCGGGAAUGCCUGCAGAAGCCCAGACUUCCUCGACGCAACGCACACAGCCUACGCGAAUUCUCGCCACCCACAAUGGGCCCGUGGGGCGAGCUCGCGAAUGGAGACGCAAUAGCUUUGUCUUGGACCAGCGAGCCGUUCAGCCCAGCCCAAGCGAUGCCGACACAAUGGAGCCCGAAGAUGACGAUGUACCUCCUUCCAGUCCCCAAGAAGGACCUGAAGUAUGCCAGGGUGAAUCCAGCUCCAGCUGCCCGGCGUCCACCCAGACAACGCCGCACACCGAUGCCUCCAACAACCCCGCAGCCACGAGAACAUCCUCAGCAAAUGUAUAUCCACCCGCGGGGGAAACCUCGCAACUUCAGUCUCCUGGCCCCGAUGAUGACGAGGACGAGGACUCCGAGAUUGACUGGGAGAGCGACACAGAUGACGAGCAAGCAGACACGGAACAUGACCCACCUACUGCCACACCAAGGGGAAGCAAACCCCAGCGGAGACCAGCCGGCCAUGGAUCGCAGCGAGUUAAGAACAAGGCCAGGAAAUCCGACGUCAAAAAACUUUGGGAGGAACGGGGUUGGCCCCGCAAGCCAGCGUGGCUGACGUGGCGGGGAGCCCUUGCAUGGCUCAAACGCGGGGAGAUCCCUCCGGCCAAGCCUCCGCGCACGACCGCCUCUGCCGCAGCAAGAGCCGAGCUCAGCAGCCUCCUCAACUCCCACCAUUAUAGCUACGACAGUGCCGGCAACAUCGUUCCACAGCAGCCAACACCUCCGCAACAACCUCAUGCCACGGCAGACAACAACCCCGCGAGGGACAUCCACCCUCCAAUAGACACGCGAGCUACCAAAGCAGACUCGCAAGCCCGUGCAGACCAUGCAGCCCGCAGAGACAACAACCCAUACAGCCCCAUCGAGCCGAAGGACCUCGUGAUCUACAUCGGGGAGAUGACGACAGACAACCUGCUCACACGGCGCAGCCUGGCCGAACAAACCGCAGCAACCGCAACCAGCAGCGUGAGAGGCAGAACUCAGUUCAUUCCCCGGAAGCUCACGAACAGCUCGCACCUGCAACUUCGGGGAGAUGGCGUUGACAAAUACCCGGUCGUUAAGCUCCCGAGACCCCCAACACAAGAGCCCAUUCUCGCGGACGUUGACCAGGGCGACCUGCUGUUCUACCAGCCACCUCCGAGGCCGGACGGCUCCCAGCCUCCAGAAGAAGUCAGCGGCAUCGAGCACCCGGAGGGCCUCUCCGACUUGGAGGCGCAUGCAGCCAUUGCAGUGGCACAAAACCAAGCCCCACAAUGGACAGCGACAAGAAAUACGGAGCCGAUGCGCAGCACAGUGCGCUCCGGAACAAAUACGCAGGAUCUCUCUUGGUUAGCGGGGGCAUCCCCAGCAACGCUACCCCCGGUUUUUCCGCUACGUCAACGCAGCAUCCUUACGCUGCGAGGAGUUGCUACAGGAGCCUGGCGGGGCACAGUGACUGACCUACGCCCCUGGCAAAUAGCCAAACACCCACGACGACAUGGACAAGAACCCACGCUGGUCAUAUACAACACUCAGUCGGGGGCGGCCCCUGGAUCACGGCACCUGCCGAACGGCCUCUGCCUCACCUUGCUGCCUGUGGGGCCAUGGGUGGCUUCUACAAGGGUGGAAUUGGGAGCCAUCCAAACACCGCAGCUCUGGCUUGUCAUGGUGGAUGCCGAUGCUACGACCACAGCCAGCAGAGCCAGCUCCAGCUCCAAUACCUCAGGGGUCAUUCCCCUCACCGCAGGCAUGUCCUUUUGGCUGCAAUGGUCUGAAGAUGGCCGGGAAUGGAGACGCAGACCUCGUUUCGAGAACGACAUCGAGACUUUGGGUGGUUAUUCCAGCAUCCCCGUGCCGGAGAUUCCACAACCUCCACCACCUCCAGAGAGACAUCUCCCGCAGACGCUGAGCCGGCUGCGCUUCCGCAGCGUGGGUCACCAGCAGCAGUUCAGCGAGUCCAGGGGGGACGUGAUCUCCGAGUCGGAGACCAGCUGGCCCAGCGACGACCCACCACUACCACCUCCGCACCACUCGCCUACAGACAACUCCGUGCUGCUGCAAGAGACCCUCAGCCAGUUCCAGCCGAAGAGACCUACGCCGAACAGGGACAGGGAUGACUUUGUCUCCCUGAUGCAACGAGGAGUACCUGAAGUACCACCAGCUCCACGAGCCCAUGAUGAUCCCGCUCUCCACUCCACAUGGACUUCACCGGCUCUGUCGGCCCAGAUUGUCCAGUUGCAGCAAGAAAUGGCGCAGGGAGGUGCCUCAGUCCUGCAAGUGUUGCGUCUGCUGCGAGCCCUUCUUAGCGACCUACUGCGACAGUCGCAUCUACAGCCACGAGAAGAUGUCACCGAGCUCGCGUACCAGGCCUGUUACUACCUGGACAAACUACAAACAGUGGAUGAACAAAGGCGCAGCAGUCUUGGUUCCGAAGGGGAAGAGGGCGCAAGCAGGACCGGGGAUGCCCCCGACGCAGCGGUCCCAAACAACGUGGCGCCGACGGAGAUCUACUUCUUCAUGAACAACCCCCUUGUCGAGGCGGAAGCGACCUUGAGCCACCUGGUUCUGCACCAUAAUGAGCUCCCCGAUCGACAUCUUCGCAAG